GGCGAUUCGGCCCCUCCGCACACUCUCUAUACCCAUAAGCCCGCUAGCAGCUUAGCAACAACAGCAGACUCUUCCACAGGAGUCUUGUGGUCGAACACCGAAAAUCCGCAAAUAGAACCCCGCAGACGUCGACGAAAUAAUGCCCGCCGCCCAAAUCAAUCAACCCUCGAACCAGAUCAAGCUCACCAACGUGAGUCUGGUGCGCAUGAAAAAGGGCAAAAAGCGCUUCGAGGUCGCUUGCUACAAAAAUACCGUCACUUCAUUCCGCGCUGGCAACGAAACAGAUCUUGACAACGUUCUCCAAAUACCGAAUGUCUUCCUCAACGUCAGCAAAGGCCAGGUGGCCAACAACGAGGACAUUAAGAAAGCCUUCCCUGGGAUGACGAGAGAUGAAGUUGUGUUGGAGAUCCUCAAGAAGGGCGAAAUUCAGGUCGGUGAAAAAGAGCGAUCACAGGAGUUGGACCGCGUGCACAAGGAAGUGAUAGACAUCGUGGCUGGGAGACUGGUCGAUCCUAAGAGUAAAAGAGUCUACACCACUGGCAUGAUCGAAAAGGCAUUGGAUCAGCUCAGCAGUCAAGGUGGACACGCAGGGAGAGCAGCAGGAAAAGCCGGGCCAGCAGGAGGCGAUAGAAGUCAGAGCAGAGAACAGAGCAGCAUAUCAGCUUCCGGAUCAGGCACGACGACACCUGCGAAGAAUGGAGAGGCUACGGAAGUGAAGCCAGUGGAAGAAAAAGCCAAGCCCAAAUGGACAGGCGUGGUAACGACGAGGAGCGCAAAGUCACAAGCGCUCGACGCCAUGAAGGCUCUGAUCGCACACCAACCAAUCCCUGUCGCAAGAGCGAGAAUGAGACUACGAAUAACAUGUCCGACGGAUGUGCUGAAGCAGAAUGUAAAGACGGCGCCCAAAGCUGAAGGAGAAGAGGCAACGACAGGGAGCGUGAAGGAUAGAAUCCUGUCCUUUGUGGAGCAGGUGGAGACGGAGGAGAACUCGGGCAAAGAGUGGGAAUGCAUAGGUUUCGUGGAGCCCGGAGCAUACAAACUUCUCAGCGACUUCAUUAGCACGCAGACGAAAGGGAAAGCGAGAGCAGAGGUUCUGGAUACCACUGUCACGCAUGAGGAUUAAAUGCAUUAUGGAAAAUGGAAAGAGGGAUGCCUUGACGAAUGAUCGAUACCUACAUCAUGGAGCGUUCGAGCGCUAGUAUUAGAAAAAAGCAUUUUUCAGAGAUU